AUGGAGGUCAGCAACACACUUUCUCAGGCCGAUGAUGGGUCUGGCGAUAUUUCUGGUGUUUUGGUACCUCCUAGCGAGGAGCUCGUUAAUCUCCAGGGGGUCUCCAAUGGCUUUGACGACCCACAGCUCCCAUGGCAAGAAAACGACCCUCCUACCGGCGACCGGGAGGUAUAUGCGGAGGUUUUCCAUCGCGAGCGGGCGACCGGCGAGUUUACCGAGGAACCCAGCACUCGUACCGACUUUGAUAGAGACUCGAGUAUCGAUCCCGACGACCCCGACGAUAAUAGCGACAUAGAGGAGCAAGAACUAGGCGAUGUCAGUAUCGUCCCAUCACCAAGAACGCCUACGCCAGCCUCUAGCAGUGACGGGCGCAGGCCGAAGCGGAGAUACGCACUGGAUUCGGGGGCAAUCGCCGUGGCGCGUGGGAUUGAACGCCUCGCGGAGUCGAACACCAAGGUUGCGGGCGCCGACGAUGUAAGCGCAGCGAUUCAGAGCUUCCAAUCCUCUUCGGACAGUGUGAUCACCACUAGCGGUAAACUCAAAGUGAUCGAGCGAUUGGCGAUGCCAAUGUGGGCUGUUGUAUGGAAUGCGAUGUCGACGGAGAUGCGGUCUGAGUUAGCUAAGAAGUGGGCGAAACUGGGUUGGCGAUCCGUGCAGUAUAUUGUCUGCAAGCUUGGUUGCUUCCUCUGGGCCGCCAGGAUGUAUUGUGUUCGGUGCCCGCCGCGCCCGCCGCCCGAUUUGCAGUACAUGGAGGGCACCAAGCAGCGCUGCCGUCAGAUGCGCACGGCGCUGAGGUUGACUGUCCGAAACCAUCGCGAUAUACAGAGAGAGGGCGAGAAUAGCAACAUCUACAGCUUCAUCCUUUUCCCUCUGAGAACCCCACGCGGAGCCUCCUACAAAGUGGGCCGUGACCACUAA